CCUACCUCUAACCUAUUUCCAUAAUCUCCCUGGUGCCCACACCAUGGCCCUUUCGCCACUCCACCGAGAUAAUCUCGGAAGCUUCUCAGGGCUCUGACUCCCCCAUAUUUGUUCUCCAAAGGAAGUCUUGAGGACACACAUGCACCCACACAGGAAGUAGGUGGUGUUGUCACCAUCGGAGUGAUAUCUGUCCUAGCUGCCUCUCUGCUGCUCCUCUACUGUUCUGAAGAUCACAAUUUUGACCAGAUCCUUUCAAGUCCCAGCCCAGCAUGGCCCCUCCAGGUCACCUCCUGUUCCUGUUCCUGCUCCCAGUGGCCGCAAGUCAGACAAACGAAGGUUCCUGCUCCGGAUGUGGGCCUCUGUCCCUGCCACUCCUGGCAGGCCUGGUGGCUGCAGAUGCGGUCAUGUCACUUCUAAUAGUGGGGGUGGUGUUUGUAUGUAUGCGCCUACACAGCAGGCCUGCCCAAGAUGGUCGAGUCUACAUCAACAUGCCUGGGAGAGGCUGACAGCUGCACCUUCCACUUUUGUCUUCCAACCAUCCUCGAUCGCAUGAGGGUGGGGUAGGGAGCGUGGGAAUGCAUUUUCUUCCGGACUAGAAUAAAGCAUUCAAAUACCUCUA